CUUUACACCUGGGACUUCAACAUCCAAAGGUAGGGGCUUUAACCUCUACGCCACCUGCUGAAACCUAAAGGUUUAUUUCCAAGAGUUUGACUACAGGUGUUCACCUUCAGUAGGGUAUUCUCACCAUGGUAAUUCUCACACUUACCGCACCUUCUGGAAUGUUCUGUGGCGCAUCCUGUCACUUGUUUUUUGUUUUUUUUUUUUUUCUUUCCCUCCCCCAUCUUCAAACGAGUAUAUCGUUAACAAACAAACAAAAACGGCAUUUGUAGACAAUAUAAUAUACACCUCAAGUGCAACCAGAUUUCUUUAACAUUCAUUCUGCCAAUUUUUAUGCCUUAAUUUCACCUUUGAAUGCCAUAUCUGAACAUUUUAACGUGCAAAGUCCGUUUCAGAAGUGAGAUAUUUUGUGAUAAGUUCAAAAUGUGUCGUUCGUUACUGUCUUCAUGUAACUUUAAUCGUAAAGUUACAGCAGCGAGCUUCGAAUUUGGGAAUUCGUGUUCGGAAAAUUACCGAAACCACAUAUUAUAUCAUCACAGGUGGUGCUCUGAUGCUUUCGGAACCUGUUUUUAAACGUAUAGAUAUAGUUUUAAAAUGUGAAACUUUUUAACGUGCCACACCCGAAAAAUAAAACACCUUCACGAACUUUUUGCUUAAAUAUUUUUGGUAUGUUCAGUUUCCUUGAUAUUUUCAUAAUGCCGUAGUCACUGACUGAGAGGGCUUCGGGUCCUGAGUGAAUGGAGCCUGUUGUGCAUUCAGCAGAUGCUUUAAUCCGCUUAUAGUGGUUAAAGUACUUUAUAAAAAGAACCUAAACGGCACAAUCCCAUUUUAAUAUUAUCGUGUGAAUCACACGGUAAUCGCGCCGUGUGCAAUAGUGAUGUUUCCACACGACAGAAGGCGGAAAGCGCGAGGCAGCGCGCGGUCUCGUCGCGCCGUUUUUGCAGCAGAUGAGCCACUGCGAGGCGCCCAGCGGCGCUUCGGCGAAGUCACAGUGCGGAGCGCGCCUGCUCGCGCGGCCCACCGCGUUUGCGCUCCAGCAACAAUUUCCACCAUCGCGUUUAGUCUCUAGGAAUCCAAACACUACAGUGCGAGUUGAGCGCCAUCUCCGGUGGCUCCGCGUUUCGUAACCACUUUCAGUUUACAGCUCUCCGCAGGACCAGGAACAACAACAUCAUCAUGUGUGGCGUUUAGCAGCAAGCGAAGAGCAGGCAGCCGGCCGCCGAACCUUCGUUCACUUCUCUUUUAGUGGUGUGUGUGUGUGUGUGUGUGUUUUUCGCAAUGGGGCUCAGAAGGAUAUACGUUAGUGUGGGAUACGCCGCUUUCGGCGCCUUGAUGGGCUUCUCGGCGUUCCUCGUCUGGAACGUCGCCUAUAAACAACCGUGGACGGCGGCUAUGGGUGGCUUGUCAGGGGUUCUGGCACUCUGGGCUCUUGUCACCCACAUCAUGUAUCUGCAAGACUUUUGGCGCACCUGGCUGAAGGGCCUCAAAUUCUUCCUCUUCAUCAGUGUUCUCUUCUCACUGCUGGCCACAGUAGCCUUCUUCAGCUUCCUUUCCAUCGCCAUCUCACAGCAACAAUCCCUCACCGAUCCAAGGAAUUUCUACUUGUCGUCUGUAUGGAGCUUCAUCGCUCUGAAGUGGUCAUUCCUCCUCGGCCUGUAUGCACAUCGCUACCGAAACGAGUUUGCGGACAUCAGCAUCCUCAGUGACUUCUGAGUGGGAAUGGGGAUGGGUUCGAAACACAGGACGGAUGCACAGGGAGAGGCUGGAGACAAGGCGGGGCAUGUGUCAGGGAAAGGAACACAAGGUCAUGAGUCACAUCCCAGCCCUGCUUUAUUUCUUUUGUUGACUUUGACAUCUCCUCUGUCUCUGACCCCGGUGCAUUUUAAAUACAGAUUUAACACUUUGUAUAUAGAACACGAGGGCAUUAUAUGUCGAGUAAAUUAGAAGUACCCUUUUUUAACUGGAUCCUGUCUGCGCGGAAUUUUCGUCUUUUUAAUAACAUGGCAACCGGGUGACGCUGGCUUUUUGUUUUUUUUUAUUUUUAUUUUUAAAACAAAGUCCUUUUUAUAGGACACGUUCUCUGACAGAUCAGGACGAGCAGUCCUGUGUGUGUAAGCGCAUGUCUGACCAAGGAUUUGCAAAGGCCUGCUGGAGCUUGACUUUGGCAGGUAUGUGGUGUGGUGGGUCCAGACAGAGUGAGUUUAUGCCUGGUUUUGAUAUACAGCCGAGAUGCUUCUUUGAGAUCACUUUUUAUAUCGUACUCCCAAUGGGUCUAUGUCCUGGGGUUUUAGGAAUGUUACAUACCAUGUGACUUUUUUUUUUUUUUUUUCCUCUCUCUCUCUCUCACACCAUACUUUUCAGAAUGCUUUUGUUCUGUGGGUCUGGUGCAGUUUGUGUUUUGCACCACGGGGGGGAGACAGUGGAUUGUGAUUUAAAAUGCUUUGAAGUAUUUCUGUAGGUCAUGAUGUGCACACACUAGUUCAUCCCUGAAGUAUUUGCCUAAGGAUGCUCUGCCAGUAGAAAUAACUAAGCAAGAAUGGUACUGCAGGAAGUGAAUUACUGUAAUUCUCCAGAAGUGGACACUUUUGUACCAGCUCCACUAAGGACCGAUCACUAGGUCAAGUGGAGUUUUUACUGCUCAAGUGUAAAUCCAGGUCUUGGCAGCAGACUGAGUGCUUCACCCUCACUGUUAACACUGCAGAGAUGAAACUUGUACUCAAGCAAAGACCAGUUUCUCUCCAGAGCAAGAACCACUACAUAUUCCAGAGGAGUGUGAAUGUGCCAGAAUCCAUAGUACAAGAUGAGUUGAAAAGGUGUAAAAAUAUGCAUGUGAGGGGAGGAGGGUAUGGUCAUUCAGGACCACCGAUUGCACUGAAGUAUCCCGUACCCUCGGGCUGAGAGAAGUAUUUAUCAGCAAAUAAUAUCAGCAAUGUUUAUUUUUAGCAACGGUAUGUGUUGUCAAACUUUUGCUGCACAACAGUAUGAAUAUACCAUAGUAAACAGCUGCUUAAUUUGUUUUUAGUAUUUUUUCUUUAUGGUUUUCCAUGUGUUGGUUCAGUUAAAAGCUCAGUUUUAUAGGGGUCCUCCAACAUCGGUGAGAUUAAAACAAAUGAUAGGAGCCUGAUUAAAGCAAUACGUGUGUAAUUUUUGUGUGUGAAUGUAUCUGAGGGUAAAUAUUAAAAUAUUUUAUUGAUCACACUGAUAUUUUUCCUCUUGCUACUAACAGUAAUCUGUGGUUUAAAUUGGGAUACUUUAAAUACAGUAUGGUCACCAAGGAUAGCUGGACCUAGACUCCAUGACACCUAAAAAAAAGUAUUAUUGUACUUAAUAUAGGUACAUGAAUCACCCACUCUCUUUAACCCCUUAUCAGGGUUGUGGUGGUCUGGAUCCUAUCCCAGAAUUCUUGAGUUCUAUGCUAGGAUGGGUUACACCCUGGGUGGGAUGCCAGUCCUUUGCAGAUUUAGUUUAUAAAUGUCUUGCUAAUAUAAUUUUCUUUCUUAAUGGAAUGGGGUAUAUUUUUUUUAAAAUUAUGUUGUCUUUGGGAUUAAAGUUGUUGAGCCACAAAGGUCAUAAAAUGGGCCUUGUCCAGGACUCCUACAAGGCAGCAGGGUUUCAAACCCAAAACGUUCUUAUUACAGUACAAGGUGACAGUCAGUGUUGUAAUAAAACACUGCUCUUUUAUGAUGUACAUGUAUUA